AUGAAGAUCCUCGAAGCCCAGUCGGCCACGCUGACCAACUAUGAAGUCUACACGCAUUUGACGGAGCAGCGGGCAAGAUAUGCGAAGAAAGAAAUGCAAGGGAGGAGGCCGGGGAACCUCGAGACCGUUGUCAAAGAGCUACUUGACUAUUUCCAUGAAGCUCCCUCACCUCUUGGAUCGAAGCCAUUCCCCUACAAUGAGCACACUAUCCGAACCCUAUUCGAACGUCUCCGACCAUACGAUUUCACUAAGGCUGAAUUUCUCAUGAUUCUCAACCUGAGACCUACCAAACCGGAAAACCUGAACACAAUUGUGGAGGAAAUGGAGGGAAGAUUUCCGGGAGAAGAGUUGCAGUUGGAGAUAUGUGAGAUUAUCACCGAGGUCUUGGGAAAGCCGGAUGGAGAAGCUGAGCGGCAUGCCAUGAGUGAAAAUGCCAUUGAAGCUAGGAAGGAAGUGGAGAGACAAGGUGGCGAGAAUACAGAAAUGGAGGAGUAA